CCUUUCUCCCCCGCCCGCUCUCUCGCCAGCUUUGCGGGAAACGAGACGCCAGCAGACAAACCCCUCCCUCCGCCUCGCUCCCCCACCUCCCCUCCCUCCCUCCCCAAAACCCUAACCCAUCCUCCCCCCGAUGGCGUCGCCGCCGCCGCCGCCCGCCGGAGCCGCCGCGCCCGGAUCGCCGCCGCCGGCGCAAGUGGUGGGCAACGCAUUCGUGAACCAGUACUACAACAUCCUGCACCAGUCGCCGGAGCUCGUCCACCGCUUCUACCAGGACGCCAGCCGCCUCGGCCGGCCCGCCGGCGCCGGCGCCGACGGCAUGGACACCGUCACCACCAUGGACGCGAUUAGCGACAAGAUCGUGUCCAUGGGCAUCACGCGCGCGGAGAUCAAGGCGGUGGACGCGCAGGAGUCGCUCUGCGGCGGCGUCACCGUGCUCGUCAUGGGCCACCUCACGGGGAGGACCGGCGUCGGCCGCGACUUCGUGCAGUCCUUCUUCCUCGCGCCGCAGGAGAAGGGCUACUUCGUGCUCAACGACAUACUGCGCUACGUCGGGGACGGGGAGGGGGAGGAGGGGGCCGGGCACCCGCCGCCGCCGCAGCAGCCGGCGCUGGUGGCCAUCGCGGACGCGGAGGCUGCCCCUGCAGCAGUCCUGGCCAACGGUACUGUCGGGGGAGACAAUGAGACCGUGCCUCGCGAACAGGAUUUCUUUGUAGAUGCUUCGCCGCAGCCCGAGCUGCAUGCAGCUGAGCCUGCACCUCCUGUUCAGGAGGAGGAAGAUCUCAACGGGGAGGAGGUUUACAACCCGCCGAUUGAAGUGGAGAAACCUGUUGUUAAGGAAACACUGGUUGCUGAGGUCAUAAAUGAAGUACCGAAUAAUGUAGCAGUGGCUGCGCCAAGUUCGUCUCCCCCUGUACCGACUGAGGAGGCCCCAAAGAAGUCAUAUGCUUCAAUUGUAAAAGUCAUGAAAGAAUAUCGACCUCCAGCUCCUGCAGUUCCUUCCAGGCCUGCACCCCAAAAACCAGAGAAACAAGCCCCUCCUGCACCUGCUUUGGUCGCUGAUGCUCCAGCUUUCAGUCCUAACACUCAGGGUGGCAGCUUUCAAGAUCCAGAAGUUGAUGCACAUGCCAUAUAUGUGCGGAAUCUGCCUUUAAACGCCACACCACAACAAUUAGAAGAAGAAUUCAAGCGAUUUGGCACCAUUAAGUAUGAAGGCAUUCAAGUUAGAAGCAACAAGAUCCAAGGGUUUUGUUAUGGCUUUGUAGAAUUUGACGAUGCCAGUGCAGUCCAAACUGCAAUAGAGGCUUCUCCUGUCAUGAUUGGUGAACGGCAAUGUUAUGUUGAAGAGAAAAGAACUACUGGUUCUCGUGGCAGUAGCAGAGGAGGAAGAUUUGCACCAGGUAGAGGUGGUAACUUCCGAGGCGAAGGCCUUAGAGGCCGUGGUACUUACAAUGGAGGCAGAGGCUACGGGAGGGGCGAGUUUAAUUAUCGAUCCGAUUAUGGCGGCCGAGGUGGUGGCAGGGGUGGCUCAUCACGCGGAGAAGUUGGCUAUCAGCGGGUUGACCACUCUGGUACCGCUGGUGGUCGUGGUGCCCGGGCGCCAUCCGCCGCUACCGCGGCCGCGAAAUGAGUUUUUGGUAGCUGUUGGUCGGUAAUAGUUCAGAGUUCUAUGGCCACCAUCAUGGUUGACCAAAAGAGUGGCAGGUGGGGUGGAUUUGGGUUCAUGUGAGGUUUAUCAGCAAAAGUCGGGUCAUAAAUUGAUGCUUAUCCUUGUUUUGUGGCAAGGUAAAGCAGUGGUUAUAUCGGUUACUAAUUGUAGAAUAUACGUCUAUUGAGAUGUAGUCCUAGUAUGUUUGGCUUCGUCGAGCAGCUGAUUUGUGUUUUCCUGUUUUUUUUACUUGUUCCCAAAUUAGAGGGGUUGAUUUGAGGUGCCAGUGAUUUAUAGUUUUUGUUGACUGUUAUAAAAAUAUAAGUUAUGGUUUAGAGCUCAGAUAA